CAAAGUUGUAUAAAAGCUCGGACUGGGGAGCUUCAAAUCACUUCGAGUCAGAUCCUUUCUGUGAUCAUCAUGUGGACUCCAGCGCUGUUGUGUUUGCUCGUGGCAGCCGCCAGUUGCAGUCAAUAUGGCUGGCAAAACGGAAACGUUUACAAGUACGACGUUAACGGACGCACCCUGACCGCCCUUAACCAAGUUGCCGACCAAUAUGCCGGAGUCCUCUUCAGAGCCAACUUCAUCGUCCAACCUCUCUCCAGUGACAGAUUAUCCGCCCAGAUCCAAAAUGCCGAAAUCGCUCAAGUUCACACUGAACUCCCUGCUGGUUAUGAAUCUCACAUUCCCUCCAGUCAGUUGAACUACAAGAACAUGCCCCUCAGCGAACAACCAUUCGAAAUUAACCUGAAGCAAGGAGUUGUCUCCAACCUUCGCGUUAACAAGAAUGUCUCCGACUGGGAACUCAACAUCAUCAAGGCUGUUGUGAGCCAAAUCCAAGUUGACACCCAAGGUCAAAACUUGAAGAAAUCCAGCCACAACCAACUCCCCAAGGAAAACAAGCCCUACGGUGUUUACAAGACCAUGGAAGACUCCGUCACCGGUGAAUGUGAAACUCUCUACGAUGUCUCACCUCUGCCAGAGAUUACCCUCCAAACUAGACCCUGGUUGGUUCCUUUCCCCAAGCUCCGUGAAAACGGACAAGUCAUCGACAUCGUCAAGACCACCAACUACAGCAAAUGUGAAGAACGUUCUGCCUACCACUUUGGUAUCACUGGUCUCACCAACUGGAAACCCGCCAGCAACCAGAUGGGACAGUUCCUCUCCCGCUCCAACAUCAACCGUGUCAUUAUCUCCGGCAAUGUGAAACAAUACCACAUCCAAUCCUCUGUCUCUACCAACAAAAUCGUCAUCAGCCCACAGAUGUACGAAUCACAGAAGGGAAUGGUUGUCAGUGUCAUGAACUUGACUUUGGCCUCCUUCCACCAAUCCAACGGAUCUCCUCGUAUGGUCUCCAACGCCCGCAAGAUCAACAACUUGGUCUACGACUACAACGCUGCCUCCCCAAAUGCCGACGCUCAACACUACAACAACAAUGGUGCAUCUAGCAGCAGCUCCUCCAGCUCCAGCUCCAGCUCUGACUCAUCUAGUUCCAGCUCUAGCUCUAGCAGCAGCAGCUCCUCCUCCUCCUCUUCCAGCUCAAGCAGCAGCUCCGAAGAAGACCAAUACUACAGAAGACACAACAACAACAACCGCAACAACAACAACAACAACAACAACAACAACAACAACAACCGCAACAACAACCACAACAACAACAAUAACGCCAACGACAACAACAAUUCCGCCAACAACAACAACAACAACAACAACAACAAUUCCGCCAACAACAACAACAACAACAACAAGAACAACAACCGCAACAAUGACGAGAACGUCUCUCGCAGUCGCUCCCGCAGAGAUAUCUCCCAAUACAAAUACAACAGUUUUGAAAACAACAACAACAACGACAACGAAGACGAAAAGAAUAACAGUGGCCGCAACGGACACAACGGACACAACGGAAACAACGGACACAACGGAAACAACGGACACAACGGACACAAUGGACACAACGGAAACAAUGGACAAAACAACAGCAAUGGCAGCUCAAGCAGCAGCUCCAGCUCUAGCAGCUCUAGCUCUGGCUCCAGCAGCUCUGAAGAAAACAACUCCCGUUACAACAACGGUAAAUUCGCCAGCUUUGCCCGCCACAACGGAUCUGGAUCCUCCUCCUCCAGCAGCUCCCCCGACUCUUCUGACUCCUCCAGCUCCUCCAGCUCAUCCAGUUCCUCCAGCUCCUCUAGCUCCUCCAGCUCUUCCAGCUCCUCAUCCAGCUCUGAAGACAACAGCUCCUUUGGAUCUUCCGUCUCCAGCAGCAGCGAAGAGGACUAUGAACCACGUCCAAGCAUGUACAAGGCUCCUCAAACUCCUUUCUUCCCCUACUUCAUCGGAAACUACGGUAACAGUAUCCAAUCCGCUAAACAAGUUAACGGAGUUGCUCUUGCCCGUAAGCUCGCCCAAGAAAUUGCUGAGGAAUUGAACGACCCACGUCAAAUUACUCAAAAAAGCACUUUGGCUAAAUUCAACAUGUUGGUUGAGGAACUCAGAACCCUGGACGCGAAACAAAUGGAACAAGCUUCCCAAGAGCUUCAUUUCAACUCCGCCCAGGCCUCCAGCCACAGCCGUCAAGAUGCUCUGAAAUCUCUCGCCUGGAAAUCCUUCUGUGAUGCCUUAGUUGAAGCCGGUACCGGACCUGCCUUUUUGCAAAUCCAAAAGAUCAUUGAACACCAACAAGUCUCCGACGCCGAAGCCGCUCGCAUGAUCAGCCGUCUUCCAGUCACCGCUCGUUUCCCAGACAAGGAAUACAUGAACUCUUUCUUCAACUUUGUCAGAUCCAACAAUGUUCAACACCAGAACCAACUCAACGAAACUGCUCUCCUUGCUUUCGCUGAGCUUUGCCGUAAAGCCGAUGUCAACGCCAGAAACGCCCACAACUACUACCCUGUCCACGUUUAUGGACGUGUCCUCCCAGAGCAUGCCAAGGCUGUUGCUCACCAAUACCUUCCCUACUAUGAACAAAACCUCAAGAGAGCCGUUGCCAACGGUGACAGCCGCAAGAUCCAAGCUUACAUCCGUGCCAUUGGAAACUUUGCUCACCCCAAGAUCCUCGAAGUUUUCGAGCCCUACCUUGAAGGAAAGGUCCCAAUCUCCAACUUCCAACGCACUGUCAUGGUCCUCUCCCUUAACGAACUUGCACGCGUCUACCCCAACCUUGCCCGCAAUGUCCUCUUCAAGAUCUACCAAAACACCCAAGAAAACCAAGAAGUCCGUGUUGCCGCUGUCUUCUUAAUCUUCGGAACCAACCCAUCUGCCCAGACCCUCCAACGUAUGGCUCAAUUCACCAAUGAAGACCAAGACCAGCAAGUCAACGCUGCCGUCAAAUCCGCCCUUGAAAACGCUGCCAAGGCCCACUCCGAGUCUCGUCAAGAACUCGCCCAAGCUGCUCAAUCCGCUAUUGCUCUCCUCAGCCCUAAGACUUACGGUCUUCAAUACUCCAAGAAAUGGCUCCGCGACUACAUCGUCAAGGAAGAAAACCUUGCCUACAGAGUGUCUGCCGAUAUGAUCCAGAGUGAGGACUCCUUAAUCCCCAACCAAGUUUACGUUGCCCUUCACCGUUACCUCGGUGGAUUCGCUCAACGUGUUGCCAGCUUCAGAGCCAUGACCUCCAGUGCCAGUGACCUCGUUGAAAAGAUCCAAGAACAGUUCACCAAUGGAGAAGAAUACCAACAACAAUCCGAAAUGAACCAGCAAUUCUCUGCCGAACAAAUCUUCAGACAGUUCAACAUUAAGCCUGACUACCCACAAGAAGUUGAAGCCCUCCUCCAAUACACCGUUUUCGGAGCCAAGCGCUGGGCCUUCUUCGACGAAGAAUUCUUCAACCAAAUCCCAAGACGUCUGAACGAUGCUCUCUCUAAGGUUCAAAAUGGACAAUCUUUCAACUCCACCAAAUUCUACAACGACAUCUCUCUCUCCCUUGCUUUCCCCACUGCCACUGGUCUGCCAUUCUCUUACACUCUCAAGGUCCCCACUCUCGUCCAAGCCGGUGGAGAAGUUCAAGCCAGAGUUCAAGGUCACAACUCCAACAACAACAACAACAACAACAACCUCUUCCGUAUCCCUGAAGCUGUUAACGUAACCGCCGAAAUUGAAAUUGUUUACGCCACUGAAUUGAAAUCUGAACUUGGAUUCGUCACUCCAUUCAACCACGAACGUUACGUUGCUGGUCUUGCCAAGAACAUCUUUGUUAACAUCCCAGUUAAGGUCGCCGCCAAUGUGGACAUCGCCAACACCAAGGUCGAAUUCUACAUGAAGCCUAUGAACAACCAGAACGAACAAAAAAUCUUCCACUACGGAUCUUACCCUUACACCGCAAUCCAAAACAUCUUCGACUUCCGCCCCCUCCAAGAAAACGAAAACACUAAGUACAUCUUCGCCAACGAGAACAAGAACAAGUUCGAGAAAGUCUACGGUGAAGAAAAGACCGGUUUUGCCUUCCGUUGCCAAUACAAGGGUGACCAACAAAGCUUCCAAUUCGCUGACUUCUACAACUUCGCUAAGCGUAACGAUUUCUUCUCCGCUGCUUUCUUCCCAUGGGCUGAAAAGACCAUCCAAUACAACAACUUCGAUGUCUACUAUGACCCAGCUAGAUCUGCCGCCAAAUCCGCCAAGUUCGCCUUGAACUAUGCCAACAAAUACGCCAACAAGGAAAACAACAACGAAGGUAACUCUAACAACCACAACAACAACCAAAACGAUGCUGUUCCAUCUUCCUACCAACCUGACAACGAACAGAGAAUGAACCAAUUCGCCAGCCGUGCUCAAUCUGGAGUUCAAAGUGCCAACAUCGAUGUUAUCGACAUCUCUGCUCAAUUCUUCGGACAAAAGAACGCUGAUUACGUCGCCACUCUUGCUUACGCUCGUAGCCCAGUCGCUGAAAAGGCUCGUUUCCUCUUCUACGCCGGUGCUAACAAUGCCAACAACAACAAAAACAAGGUUGCUGUUGACGCCACCGCUUACAUGCCCAAUGUUCCUCUCGUCAACGCCGCUCAAGCUUUCAACGCCGACGCCAACUCCCGCUUCUACGCCAACGUUAAAUCUGGAGAAAACCUCGACAAUGGUGCUCAAUUCCAAUUCCAAGCUAAUAUGAAGCAAAGCCAAGAGUUCCGUGACUACUUCCGCCAAAGCCAAAUGUACAAACAGUGCUCUCAACAAAUGGAACAAGGAGAAUACAUGAUGCCUGCUUGCCGUAACGCUACCGUUGCCGCUAACAGAUUAAACGAAGCCCACUUCUCCAUCAACUUUGACAAGGUUUCUGAUGCCGUCAAGAACUACACUUACCAAGCUUUCGCCUACGCCCGUCAUUUAGGAUACCAAUACCAGUCUGAAAACUUCGGAAACCCCAAUGGCCAACACAACAAGAUUGAUGGUUACUUCAAGUUCUCCCCUAAGUUCGACUUCGCCCAGUUCUACUUCAACGCUCCUUCCGUAGCCGCUUCCUUCAAGAACGUUCCAGUUCACCAAUACGUCGCUGACUUUUUCGCCCCCCACCCCGUCUACUCUGGCUUCGACCGUCUCAUGCAAGACACUUUCCAAGCCAAAUACCAAGCUGCUUGCGUUGCUGACAAGAUGCACGCUACCACUUUUGACAACAAAACCUACCCCCUUCACAUGCAACAAAACAACUGGUACGUCCUCAUGACCUACGUCAACAGGAACAACUACUACAACAACCAAUACAACAGCUACUUUCAAGGAAACAAUAAGAACCAAUACAGCUACAGAGACUACAACCAAAAGAGAUUCUACACUACCGUCUAUGCUAGACAAAAUAGCAACGGCCAAAAGGAAUUGAAAAUUGUCCUGAACAACGGAGAAUACGAAAUCUUCAUGCAACCAGCCUCCUCUCAAGCCGGUCUCCACAGCUCUAACUCCGGAAAGAACAACGCUGCCAUCAAGGUCUUCAUCAACAAACAAGAACAACAAUUCAACGACAAGCAAUUCACUGACUUCCACGGACACAAUGGAAAGAUCUACGCUCAAUUCUACGCUCUUCCUGAUGGUGCUAUCCGCUUCUUCGCUCCCCAAUCUGGACUUCAAGCCAUCUAUGAUGGAGCUCGCAUCAAGAUUCAAGCUGCCAACCAAUACAGAGGUGCUGUCCGUGGUAUGUGCGGAACCUACUCCAACCAAUACGCUGACGACUUCACCGCCCCUCAAAACUGUGUCUACAAGAACCCAGAAGACUUCGCUGCCGUCUACGCUGUCAUUGACUCUUCUUCCCCCUCUCAAGUGAAAUCCCAGAAGGAACGCGCUCAGCAAAACUUCUGUGCCCACAAGAACAACCAAUUCGGAAACUACGUUAGCCGCAGCGACGCCGGAUACGGAUACAAAUACAACAACAACGACAAAUACUACGAAUCCGCCUACAAGAACACCAAAUACUACGACCCCUCCAACUCCCAGUACAACAAGUACUACAAGAACAACAAGUACGCCAAGGACCAGGACUCCUCCUACUCCAGCAGCAGCUCUUCAUCUAGCGACUCUAGCAGCAGCUCAUCCAGUGACUCCAGCAGCAGCUCCUCUUCUUCCUCCUCCAGCUCAUCCAGCUCUAGCAGCGACUCCAGCUCUUCCCAGUCCAACGACAACAACCGCAACAACAACAACCGCAACAACAACAACCGCAACAACAACAACAACAACCGCAACAACAACAACAACCGCAACAACAGCAACAACAACAACAACCGCAACAACAACCGCAACAACAACCGCAACAACAGCAACAACAACAACAGCAGCAGCCAAGAAGCCAGUUACGAACAGAGAAACCAAAACGGACCCUCUAUCCGCAAACUGUACCGUGCCAUCAACCAAGGAGACGACAUGUGCUUCACCAUCAACGCUAUCCCAACUUGCAGAUACCCAGCCAAGCCCGUUGGAAGCGCCAAGAAAAUGGUUGACUUCUACUGUGCUCCCAAAUCCAGCUCUGAAGCUCAACACUUCAGCAAAUUGAUUGCCAAGGGUGCUGCUCCCAGCCAAUUGUCUCUCAAGAAACCAAACCAAAAGUUCGAAGUGAACAUUCCCGAAUACUGUGUUGCCUAAGCAAACAUACAAUGUCUUUAGAUUGUACUUAAAUUAGUUUUUAGUUAUUAAUAAAUAUUGCAAGCAUA